AUGAUAUCUCUCUUACAGGUAUCCAUUACUGAAGAAGUGGAUAUGGCCCUCAUGCAGGGCUGUGUCACUUUUGAGGAUGUAGCCAUUUGCUUCUCACGUGAAGAAUGGAGACUUCUUGACAAGACUCAGAGGCUGCUUUAUCUCAAUGUUACACUGCAGAACUUUGUACUUAUAAACUCCCUGGGUUGUGGGCAUAGAACAGAAGAUGAAGAGCACAGAGUUUCUACACGAGCAUCACAGGUUUGGAGAUCUGAGACAACUCUCUCUCCACCAAAAACUCACCUCUGUGAAAAGUGUGUCCCAAUUCUUCAAAACAUUUUGCUCCUGCCUGACCUACCUGGGCAGAACCAUAGUUUAGAGGCACGUUCACAAUUUAAUCAGCACCAAAAACAUACUCUUACAGAAAAACUCUUGAAGAACGCCAACAAGGCCUCAUACUUGAAACUAUGCCUAUUCCAUACGUCAGCAAAGUCCUUCCCCAGUUGGGAUGUUGAGAAGGACCUCCCAGACAUACUGAGUCUUCUGAAAUCCCAGGUCUUUCCUAACAAUCCAAAGUCUAGCAAAAGCAAAGAGGGUAGGAAAGACGCUCACAGUCAUAAAAGUUGUAAGUCAGGAGCCUGUGGGAAGACUUCCAGUCAAAAACAAACACCUGUGCACCAGCCAAAAGCCUCCACUGGGAAAAAGCUUUAUGAGUGCAGCAAAUGUGGGAAAACCUUCCGUGGCAAGUAUUCGCUUGAUCAGCAUCAGAGAGUCCACACUGGAGAAAGGCCUUGGGAGUGCAGUGAUUGUGGGAAAUUCUUUAGCCAAACCUCCCACCUGAAUGAUCACCGUAGAAUCCAUACUGGAGAAAGGCCUUAUGAGUGCAGUGAAUGUGGAAAAUUAUUUAGACAGAACUCCAGUCUUGUUGACCACCAGAAAAUUCAUACUGGAGCAAGACCUUAUGAGUGUAGCCAGUGUGGGAAAUGCUUUAGUCAAAAAGCUACACUUGUUAAACACCAGAGAGUUCACACUGGAGAAAGGCCUUACAAAUGUAGUGAGUGUGGGAAUUCCUUUAGUCAAAGUGCCAUUCUUAACCAACACCGGAGAAUUCACACUGGAGCAAAGCCUUAUGAAUGUAACCAGUGUGGGAAAUCCUUUAGCCAAAAAGCUACCCUUAUUAAACAUCAGAGAGUUCACACUGGAGAAAGGCCUUAUACAUGUAGUGAAUGUGGGAAAUCCUUCAGUCAAAGCUCUAUCCUUAUUCAACACCGGAGAAUUCACACAGGAGCAAGGCCCUAUGAGUGUGGCCAAUGUGGAAAGUCCUUUAGCCAAAAGUCUGGUCUCAUUCAGCAUCAGGUAGUUCACACUGGAGAAAGGCCUUAUGAAUGUGACACAUGUGGGAAUUCUUUUAGCCAAUGUUCUAGUCUCAUUCAUCACCAAAAAUGUCACAGUGCGUAAGACACCUCAUAAAAGUAGCAAAUGUAGAUAAGCCUUCAACCCAAGGCUUAAACAUCAUUUAGCUCCUCCAAAUUCAUACUUGAGAAAAGCCUUAGACUUAUAGUAUUAUGACACUAGAAAGGCUUCUGAGGUAGAUCUUAAUUCUGCCCACACCCAGGGGUGUGAGAUUACUCAGGAGAUCAGCCUGGGUCCUUGCCAUAUAUGAAUAUUUGUGGUAGAAGCCCUCUUUCUCUACCACAGAACCAGUAUGCAGUGAUCACCCCAUCAUGCUAAGGAAAGGGCAAAUUGUCAGUGCUGCUUGCCUGGAGGAACUCUUGAGUUGAGUAAUUUAUGGAGAAUUUGUUUUCUGUUUUUAACUGUUUAAAGCAUGACUACAACUCAGCUUUUACCAGGAAGAUUAACCCUAUUGUCUGCUGAAGGUAGCUACAAUUUGCUUACCUGCAUCUUUAAAAAAAAAAAAAAAAAAAAAAAAAGGUUUUAAUCAGUGUCACAUGACAGUUGCGGGAAUGUUUCCAGUCUUCUAAUUAUGGUUGGUCACUGCCUUCUCAUUGCUCUGGUUUAUACAUAGAUAGAUGCCUUAUUCUGAAAGCUACCUUUACUCUUAGAGUCCAGUUUACUAGUGGAAGGCUGGAAAACAGACUGAAUUUUCUAGGAAAGUAUGGACAGCUUUUGUGGAUGUCUCAACUUGGUAUACCUCUGCAGGGGCAGCAAAAGGGAAAAAAAAAAAAAAAA